AUGUUCCCGGGUGAUGGAGAGAUUCUUCUCAGGAGUCGACUCUAUGUUAUUUGUGGAAUUCUUGUACUUAUUCCUAAUACUAUUUGUCUCGUUGUAUUCAAUUCCAGCAAGGAUUUCAGACAGAGAUUCGUGUUUUUCACAUUGUUAUCUGUUUCUGAUUUGAUUAAUGGAGUAUCAUUCAUUAUGUCAGGAGCUGGUAGAUUGGAUCUCUUAUUCCACGAUAAAUAUCAUUUCAAGACCAGCAGUUACGAGUGUAUGACUGGAUAUUUGUGGCCAAUAUUUCUACUAUUCGGUGGUCAAUUACCUGCAACAUUCCAUUGUCUCUUGACUGUUGAAAGAGUUCUGGCAGUGAAUAGAGUCAGUUGGUACCGUAGUCGAUGGACUUGGAGGCACAGAUUGUAUCUAUCUUCUUUAGGAAUCUUCAUUUGUGUGUUCCUCAGUUUCAUUGCCUUUCUUGUCUCCUUUGCAUCCCCAACUUUAAAUGAGAACCGUAUUUGUGCAGUGAUGGAUUCAACUGGAAUCAUCUAUGGAACUAUUCAUUAUUGCUGGAUUGCUUUAUCUUAUAUGAUUGCAUUCGCAGUUACUCUCAACCUAUUUUUGAGAUCCCACGGCUCCAAGUUCUUAAAUCACACGGAAAAAAGAAAACAAAUGGCGAUUCUCAUCUUGUCGGGAAUAAAUGUUUUGAUGGUGAGCGUGCCGAACUUUGUGCUCGUAGCUGAUCAGUGGCAUACAGACGAAUUCGACGUACUUCUUGUUGGUGUCGCCUAUCUGUUAUAUGGAUUCCAAUCUUGUUUCAACCUUCCAAUUUUCUAUUUCUUCCGUCUGGAAUUCCGCCGUCGAUGUCACGAACUUCUCCGAUUCCGUCGUACUGGAUCGAACACAAUUGUCUCGAACGACAUGAGUCGACAAAAACUAUCACGCGUCAACGCUUCGUUUGUCAAUACUGCUAUUUGA